GACUGCAGUAUGACUUCGUUCUUUUAUGCGUCAUUUAUUUAAAGAAGAUCAAGAUUGGUUCUAAUUGUAUGAACGCAUCAAAAUUGACAGAUACAGGCAUAUUCGAAUAAAUGGAGUUCUACUGUGUGUAGUCAUAAUAAUUAAAGUGAUCCAUACCACGAAACAUUCAUACACAAGCUGACUUGCACAUCUAAUCUAACUAACAGAGAAGAAAAAAGUAACAGGCUUUUUAAGAAGGUAGUUGGUUAGCUCUACCUUAAAUGUUGAUAGAAGCGCCAUCGAUCUACGAAUCGACUUCUAUAGAAUCCGAUAAGUGCCUGAACGGAAUUAAACAAAUUAAACCACGACAGUUUGUAAUAAUGCGCAAAAAGUAUUAUUACAUGGAAUGAGUUCUCCUAUUUCGGUAUCUCUCUGCGUUAUUCGCGUCGAGAUAGUUGACGAAGAUUCCGAAGAAACGAAUGGAGCUAGAGCUGCCAAGAUGAGAGGUCGUAGAGAACCAACAAGAAUAAAUAUGGAGAAUUGCACAAAUCUUACGGACAAACCAGACUUAUCGCUCCCUUCUCAAGGAACUAGCACAUCUGGUUCUACUUCUAGAGCUAAUUCUGAGGAAACUACUUAUGAUAAUUCAGAUAUGGCAUGUGCAAGUGCUUGUGCUUACGAUCAAAUCAAUUUUAUUUCUGGAAAUCCAUUUGUUGAAGUGACUAAAGGCAUUAUACACUUGUAUAAGGAGAAUAAAUUAACAGACAUACGUCAAGCAGCAGAACGCACUCAGACUAUCUGUAUUCUAGCAGUCCCAGCCACAAUGACCUGCCAUGAUCUUUUAAGAUUUACAGCACCUUGUCAUCAAGAUAUACGACAUUUUAGGAUACUUAGAGAUGGUAGUCCUAAUCAGUAUAUGGCUUUAAUUACCUUCAAAACAGCAAAUGCUGCAACAGAAUUUUAUGGGUCAUUUAAUGGUACUCCAUAUAAUUCCUUCGAACCAGAUGUUAUCUGCCACAUGGUGUUUGUGUAUAGCGUAGAAGUAACAUAUAAUGCAAUGCCCUUGUCCGGGCACACAGAACUACCACUUUGUCCAGUGUGUUUGGAAAGAAUGGAUGAAAGUGUAGACGGCAUCUUAACCAUACUAUGUAAUCACACAUUUCAUGCAAGUUGUUUAGCUAAAUGGGGAGAUACUACUUGUCCAGUUUGUAGAUAUGCUCAAACCCCUGAGUCACUUGCAGACAGCUACUGCAUGGAAUGUAAUAGCAGUGAAAGUAACGAUGCUUUGUGGAUCUGCCUAAUAUGCGGACACAUUGGUUGCUCACGAUAUCAUCAGGGACACGCGUUCCAACAUUAUUGUGAAACACAGCAUUGCUAUGCUAUGCAAUUGGGGAAUAACAGAGUUUGGGAUUAUGUGGGAGAUAAUUUUGUUCAUCGAUUGUUACAAAACAAAGACGGAAAGAUGGUCGAAGGCGGCCCAACGGCAACUAAAGCUGAAGGUGCUGCAAUGGAGGAAAAAGUAGAUUCUGUACAGUUGGAAUUUACUUACCUUUUGACUUCGCAAUUAGAAACUCAGAGACAAUACUUCGAAGAUAGACUUUCCCGAUUAGAGCAACAUUCUCUUGUACAAACUACAGAACUUCGAGAAAAAUUAAGUCAAGUAACAGAAGAGAGCGCAAAAGUGAAGGAGGAGUUGGCAAUACUCAAUCGUGAGAAACAAAAUGUAGAGAAGCGGUUGCAACAAGUUAGUAAUAAGUUAGGACAAGUACAAUUGGAAUUAACUGAGGAAAAAGAGCUAAGAAAAGCAUUAGAAUUGAAUCAAGUGUCGUGGAAAGAUAAAUAUCAAACACUGCAAAAUGAAAUGACUGAAUAUAAGAACAGUAAAACAAGAGAGGUCACAGAUCUAAAAGAACAAGUCCAGGACUUAAUGUUCUACAUCGACGCUCAAAGGAAAGUGGAAAAUUCGGAAUUAAGGGAAGAAAUAGCAACAGGUCGCAUAAUGAUUCCAGAAACAUCUGGUACCGUUAAAAAGAAUACUCGGUCUUCUAAGUCUCGCAAAAAACGCUGAUGUUAUUAUUUGGGAAUUAUAUAUAGCAAUUAAAAUUUAAGUCGCGCAUAGGAGUCAUCGAUUUUUUAUGAUUUUAAUUGUAUUAUAAUUAAAAUAUAUGCGGCGCAAAACUUAAAAUUUAAUUUAUUAAUUUUAAUAAAUAAUGAUAUAGAAAAGAAACAAAACUAGUAAAAUAAGACCAAAAUUUAUAACGUAACUUUUCGAAGUGAAUAAUCUAACGUGUCUGUUUAUUUCAUGAAAGUAUUGCGACGACAAUUCUUUAAGAUUCAAUGUUUUGAAAAUAAGGAAGAUAUACGAAAUGAUACAUAUUUUAUAUAUAAAUCAAUGUCUAGUGUAUAGGUAUAGCUAUGUGGAAAAUUAAUUUUUUAAUUAUUUCCUUUCUUUAAUGUCUACAAAAAUAAAUGAAUUGAACAUAUUAUUGUAUUUAUUAUAUUCCGUAAAACUGAUAUUUCAGGAAAGAAAAUAUACGUUUUAGGUCCUCUAACUAGGCAUAUGAAAAUUAACUUAAUUAGAUACUUGGUCUCUUCUCCUACUUUUUGCAUAAAAGUUUUAUGAACUGUAACAGGCGAGAAACUUUGAUACGAAAACUGUUAAAUGUCGUAUUUAAUAGUUUUUUAGGUUUCGUUCAAUAUAUUCAUUAAUUAUUUCAACGAAAGCAAUGUAAAAAAUAUCGAGCAUGAGGGACGUUGUGUACUCUAAUAAAAGUUAACUUAAAAAGUUUCA